AAAUUUUCAUUAACCUAUUUAUUUACUUUUCGAAUCAAGUUAAUUCUGGAUUAAGUACAAGUAGAAGCUUCUACUUCACUUUUAUAAUGGAAUGGGAAACCAUGUGUCGUGUGUUUCUUCAAGACUGUUACAAUUACAAAGGAAACAUGACAGGGAAAUAAAUACGCUGUUCAGAUCUACUAUGCUGAUCCUAUUUCCCUCGGCUUCACCGUCUUUUCUCUGAAAAUAUCUCUCUGGGUUUUGACCGGAUUUCUUCAUCCGUUGCGUGAUCUCAUGUUUGUCUCCCUGUUCUGCUUCUUACCCCUGUUUUGCGCGAAUGACUUGACCGAUUUCGUCUGCAUUGAAUCCUCAUCUUUUGAGCCUCUCUCCGUAUUUGCUUGAGUCGGUGGAGCGGUGAAGGGAGCCGACAUGUUUCGUUCCACCAGAAGGAGGAGCGAGAAGCUCAAGAUCAAAGCUGUUUUCAAACUCCACUUUCAUGCCACUCAGGUGCUGCAAUCUGGGGUAGAUGCAUUGGCAAUAUCUUUAAUUCCGGUGGACGUGGGAAAGCCAACUGCGAGAUUAGAGAACGCAACAGUUCGAGACGGAAUUUGUAGAUGGGAGACUCCGGUCUACGAAACAGUCAAAUUUAUUCAGGAGCCCAAGACUGGGAAGAUCAAUGACAAAAUUUAUCAUUUUGUAGUUUCAACGGGAUUAACAAAAACUGGUUCAAUCGGCGAAGUUUCUAUUAAUUUCGCUGAUUUUGCUAAAGCCAUGACCCCCUCCUCUGUAUCUCUUCCUCUCAAGAAUUCUCGUUGUGGUACCGUUUUGCAUGUGUCAAUUCAGAGGCUACAUGAAAAUGGGGACGCAGAUCAAAGGGAGGACGAAGUAAGUGAAGAUGUCAAAAUUGAAUCCCAUGAGAGAAGCUUAAGGACCUAUCUCAACAAUGGGGAUACAAAUAAAAGCGCUGCGAUGAAUUCUGCCGAAGACGUAUCUGCCGAAGCAAUGAUCCACAGAGCUGAAUUGAGUGCUGAUUGCAGGACAUCCAGCGAAUCCGACCUUACAUUGUCCAGUUCUGAUGGCAGCUCUGGACUCGAUACUCCCCGACAACUUGGACUGAGAAAUACUAACAAUAUCCACCACAACCCCAAUGCAUCGCCAUUAACAGCAUCAAUGUAUGAGAGAUCACAUUGGGACUGGUCAGCUAGUUGGGACCAUGGUUUGAGCACAGAUGGUUCGCCAAAUGGUUCUCACGAUGCCCUUCAUAAGGAAAGAUCCCAACACGCGUCGGAUUUGGAGAUUGAAAGACUCAAGUCUGAACUUGCCUCUUCGGCUAGGCAGCUCGAUAUGUCUGACUUGGAACUACAGACUCUUCGGAAGCAAAUUGUAAAAGAAAGCAAAAGAGGGCAAGACCUCUCUAAGGAAAUUAUUAGCUUAAAAGAGGAAAGAGAUGCUCUCAAGGCAGAGUGUGACAACCUCAGGUCACUUCACAAACGUAUGGAUGAGGCUAAAUUGAGGAACAGAACACAAUUGGAAGGUCGUGAUCUGCGCACUCUUGUUGAAGAAAUUCGACAAGAACUGAGUUAUGAAAAGGACCUCAAUGCCAAUCUUCGAUUGCAGUUGCAGAAGACGCAGGAAUCAAAUGCUGAAUUGGUUCUUGCUGUACAAGACCUGGAUCAAAUGUUGGAGAAGAAAAAUAUGGAGAUCAACAACCUUUCCAAUAAGAUUGAGCUGAGCAGAAAUUCCCACGAGUUAAAGGGCAAACUCUCCAGACGUGUAACAGAUGACGAUGAAGGUCAGAAAGUAUUGGAGGAGAUUGUUAAAGAGCAAAGCAAUUCCAAGGAGUCACAGUUACUUGAGCAAAAAAUUUUAGAGCUGUAUGGUGAAAUAGAUAUGCAUAAGAGAGACAAAGAUGAGUUAGAGAUGCAGAUGGAGCAGCUUGCACUUGACUACGAAAUAUUGAAACAGGAAAACCAUGAGAUUGCAUGUAAGUUGGAGCAGAGUCAACUGCAAGAACAAUUGAAGCAAUACGAUAGCUCUUCUCUUCCUGAUGCUGUGAAUGACCUUGAAACACAUAUUGAGGGCCUCGAAAGUGAACUGAAGGUACAGUCUCAAGAAUUAUCAGAUUCUCUGGCAACUGUUAAGGAACUUGAAAUCCAUAUCAGAAGACUAGAGGAAGACCUAGAGAAACAAUCACGAGGAUUUGAAGCUGAUUUAGAAGCUGUGACACGUGACAAAGUUGACCAGGAGCAAAGAGCCAUCCGAGCGGAGGAAGCUUUGAGAAAGACCAGAUUGAAAAAUGCUAAUGCUGCUGUGAGGCUCCAAGAGGAAUUUAAAAGGCUCUCAAUGCAAAUGGCCUCUACAUUUGAUGCAAAUGAGAAGGCUACAAUGACAGCUUAUGCAGAGGCAAGUGAACUGCGUGCACAGAAAAACCUUUUGGAUGAAAUGCUACAUAAAGUAAAGGAAGAGCUUCAGUCAGUUAAAGGUGAUUAUGAGGUAAAACUGAAUGAUCUCUCCAAUCAAGUAGAAUCAAUGGCCACCCAGAUACACCAAAUGUUAACGGAAAUUGAGGAAAAAUCCAAGCAGCUUGAAAAACAGAAGAAUCAUGAGGAGCAAAUUUAUAGGGAUUUCUCCCAGGAGAUCCAGACCUUAAAACUUGAGAAUGAAAGGCUGAAGGGGGAGGUAAUGUACUACUCUGAGCAUGCAGAGCAGAAAGAAAGUCUUGGAACUGAGUUGGAACUUAUGAAGAAAUCAGUAGAGGAAUCUGAGACUCUGUUGAAGAGAGGAAGAGUAGAAAGAAAUGAGCUGGUGAGUACAAUUGCUUUACUGAAGAAGGAAGUGGAGAAGACAAUUGAAGAUCUAAAUAGGAUGAGACAUGUGAAGGAUGAAAAAGAGACAAUGGCUAGGACAUUACAAUCAGAGUUGGAAGCAGUUAGAGAUCAGUGCAGUGACUUGAAACAUGCUCUUCACGAGGAUGAGGCAGAAAAACAAAAACUGAGAAAGCAAAUUUUCCAGUUGAAGGGUGAACUAAAGAAGAAGGAAGAUUCAGUGACCAACAUUGAAAAGAAGUUGAAGGAUACUAAUGGACACCAGCAACUUUCGGCCACUGCAAAGAACAAAAAAUCUGCUUCAAUUCAUCAGAAUUCAAAAGAAAUUGCAGCUCUGAGGGAAAGAAUGAAAAUGCUUGAGGGCCAGAUAAAAUCGAAGGAAACGGCAUUGGAAGCCUCUACAAGUUCAUUUUUGCAGAAGGAAAAGGAACUUCAAAGCAAAAUUGAGGAGUUGGAGGGCAGAGUGGCAGAAUUCAAUCAGAGCAGUGCUUUGCAAAAGGUUGCUGAGGAUCAAAGUAUUACUCCUUCAACAGUUGGAGUAGGGGAUACAGCGGAACACCUCAAUGGUGCCACGUGUACAUCUCAAGAAAAUUGCAAUGUAAAUUUGUCAGAGAAAGAAGGAAAAGCCUCAACGGAUGAUAAAGGGGACAGUAAUGUUUCUGAAAUAUUAGCGGAACUAGCAUCACUGAAGGAAAGAAACAGAUCAAUGGAAAGUGAAUUAAAGGAGAUGCAGGAGAGAUACACAGAAAUGAGUCUGAGAUUUGCGGAAGUAGAAGGUGAAAGACAAAAACUCGUUAUGACAGUGAGGAACCUAAGGAUUGCAUAUAAGGUCAAAUAAACUAUUCCUGAUAUAUAUGUCGAAGUCUGCAGUGUAUAGUGUAUAGUUUGAGCAGGAGUGCGCGGUGCAGCUAGCAGUGGAUCACAAGUUAAUCAAUAAAUUAAUAUCUAUACUGUCUACUGGCAACGUAAAUGUAUUUUACUAUUCUUCUUCCCCCUUUUUAGCCUUGUUUUUGCUUGUAAUUGCCAAAAAAGCCCCAUUCGGUACAAUUUUACAAAUUUUUCUUGGAAAUUAGUGAUGAUUAAAUGUCACUCAGUUUCUUGUGGUGCUC